UCUGUGCAACUUCUGUGUUCUUGGUUGUUUAAAACUUUAGUUGUCUUUUGAAUUUGUAAAUUAAAAAUUUUAUUUUAAUUUACAUGUGGGAAGGAUAAUUAUUGUUUACUUUCAAAUGACUAAUUUGCAUAAUUAGAACUUUGAUACUAAAAAGAAAUAAUGUGGUUGUUAGCAUGUUUGUCUUAUACAAAAAAGUUUUUAAGUGUAAUUUAUAGGACAAUCUCUCCGCCGAUAAAAGAUUUCUUAAAAACUUGGUUAUUUGUUAUGAUAGUGUCAUUCCAAGGUUGUUUACACUACAGCUAUGUUAAGACACUCUUCGAGCAGAACAGCCACUUCAGCUACCUCUCGGACCUGGAGAGGGAGAUGUCACUGCGAACAGAGAGUGGCUUCUACUACUCUUACUACAAAACGGUGGUGGAGGAGACUCCAUUCGUUGCCGGCAUCUCAAAGCUGAUGUACGACAAGACUGUCGAGUAUCCCAAGGAAGUUAAUGCUUUCAACAGAUUCAACAUUCAUCCAGAGGUGAUAGUCGGCGCUUUGUACCGCUACGUCAUGCCUUGGUUGAAUACCACAGAGCAUGUCCAGUGCCACAUGGUAGACCGCGGCGCAGGAUUUACACCAGUCCAGAGUUGCGUGGGAGUCGGGGUUCCCAUAUUCUUCUACCUGGAGGCAAUCUGGAUGAUGGCUGGACUCAACGUGGCAGCUCUGUUCCUGCACGCAAUGGAUUUGAGUGAGAGUUUCAUGGGUGGUUUCCUGGCUGUGAUGCAAUACUUCAGCAACCACGCGGAGUGCACCAGAGUCCAGUGGACUCCGAACGCCCGCGAGAACUGGGCGGCACCUUUGCUGAUGCUGCAGAGCUGGCUGCUAAGCAUACAACUGCAGGAUGUUAAACGGAAGAACUAUAUACCACUACAGGUUGCCAUAUUCAUCUUAAAUUGCCUCUGUUUAUUAUCCUGGCAAUUCACACAGUUCAUAUUCCUAGUACAAAUCGCUAUAUUCUUUAUAAUGGAACAACUCAGGAUUAUAUCGACUUUUAACCUUUUUGUCUUUCUACAUUCCCACUACUGUGGACUCCAUAUGGCAAUACUGUUGCUCCAAGGCAACGAUAUGCUAAAAUCGUCCUUAUACGCUUCCUUAUUCGUCGUAGUGUCUCUAUACUGCAUGUUCUUCAGCGGUUUUAGAGUUAAGAUUAAAAGUCGCUUGGACUUAAUUGAGGAGAUAUUUUGGGUAAUUUUACGAAUUUUCGUCGUCGGCAUUGCAUCCAUUUACUUGAAGAAGUUCAUCUGCGAUUUCCUCGAGUUGGAAGAGGAUGGGCAUAUUUGGGACAUUCUCGUCUCAAAGUUCACAGAUUAUAAGAACUUUCACACUUUGAUGUAUACUUGUUCGGAAGUGUUUGACUUUUUGCCUUUCAGGUCGAUUAAAAAUAUGACCAAUUCGUUUUUGAUUCCCUAUGUUGUUUUCGGCGUAAUAAGCGCUUUUUAUUAUUGGUUUGUAAGCUUGAGUUGUGCUGAAGAUUUAGAUAAGCCUAAGCUGAAAGAACAGGAAGUCGAGGACGAGGAUAGCGGCAUUGAAAAUACUACAGAGAAUAAGCCGCGGAAAGGAGAUUUGGACGUUAUUGAUAAGGAAAUAAGAGCGAAGUUAGAAGAACGCGAUGCUUUUGUCGAGUCUGUGAAGAGCAUCAAUAUCGAAGCCGCCAUUUUUUUCAACAUAUCGCUGUUGGUUGUCUAUGGUGUCAUGGCGGCGCUAGUAAUGAGACUGAAGUUGUUGUUUAGCACGCAAUUGUGCGUUAUAUCCUCUUUGGUGUUCAAGAAGAAGUAUUAUGUAUACCCUCGAAAUGUCAAUAGGUUAAUAAUAUUCAUACUAAUUCUAGGAGUGUUUCCUAUGCUAUGGAGUCUAGUCAAUAAUAUGUAUGAAGAAAUUUCGCAUAUAGAUGAAUUCAGUGAUUACUCGCAAGAAGAGCUACUGCAGUGGAUAAUGAGGCAGCCGAUCGGAGCGUACGCGGGUUCGAUGCCUGUGCUGGCCUCUGUUAUGUUGUCAACUCGCAGGCCCAUAGUAGCGCACCCCCACUACGAGCAUUUAGAAGCAAGGCAACGUGCUUAUACCGUUUACAAAGUAUACGGACGAUUCACCGCGGAAGAGUUGUACCAGGAAAUGAAUAAACUGAGAGUCAGUUACCUGAUAGUGGAGAGGAAUUACUGUUACGGGAAGAGCGAUCGCGGAUGCAAGUUCAGUGACAUUUGGGAUGUUGAGACAGGAGAUAGUAUGAGAGAGAGACCGCCGUUGUGCCACAUACUCCUCACGGAGAGUGUCGACCAUUUCUACCCGGUGUUUAUGAACGCGCAAUACUCCGUGUUCAGGAUUCACGACAUAAGCGUAAGAUACAUGCCACGCAGCUUCGAUACCUGACAGCAUGACAGUCUAAACUACGAUAGCGGAACUUGAACCAAAAUAAGACUGAUUUUAACUUAGCAAUACUUACGGACUUAUAGCAGUGUAACUGUUUUACGUGGCUUAGCUGCUUAAGUAGACCAUUGGCAUCAUACUUCAGUUACCAAGCCUCUUGUAACCUAUAUUUCUACUGAACCACAACCAAUGGACGAGAAUUAAAUAAAUUCCAAUACGUAUGACGGUAAAUUGAAAAAACUUAUUAUGUAAAAAAUAUGAUAUUUUAAUAAACAUUAUUUAAGUAAAUUAUGCGGUAUGAUAAUAUUUUCAUUGGUUGUACUUAAUACCUUCUUUAUUACAAUAUUGUUCUUUUUUUAUGACAAUAAAAGACAUGAGGAGCAGGACGUUCAGCUGAUGAUAAUCGAUACGCCCUGCCCAUUACAAUGUACUGCUGCUCAGGAUUCUUGAGAAACCUAAAAUUUCUGAGCGGCACUACAACUGAGCUCGUCACCUUGAGACAUUAGAUGUUAAGUCUCAUUUGCCCACUAAUUUCACUAGCUACGGCGCCCUUUAGACCGAAACACAAUAAUGAUUACACAUUACUGCUUCACGGUAGCAAUAGCCGUUGUUGUACCCAUAAUCUAGCAAGCAUCCUGUGCAAAGGAGCGUCCCACUGGUAAAAUCUACAAACGUAAAAUAGGACGAAGACUAAAUUUUUUUUUGUUACUCCAAGAUGUAUAAUUUCUUGCGUUCGAAGUUUUGCUUUGUGAAUCGCGUAACAUAAUUUUAUAUAAAAUUUGAAGGAAGACUAGCUCAGGAAGACUUAAAAAUUUCCAUAUGAAAAAGCGUGAAAUAUUAACGAACAAUUAACUUAACGAGGUCGUGAGAUUGAGUCCCGCAUCGUUCAUAAAAUUUUAUUUGUGUAUUAAUCCUAGAAGUGAGUGUUAUCACUUUAAAAACAUAAAUAAAUUUUGUUAACGAACAAAAUCAGAUUCACAUUGAUAAUAUUGGCGAGAUUUUAUUCAAUAAAAAUACUUAUAUUAAGGCUUGGUCUCCGCUGCGCUCCAACUAGAUACCGCAGGCGUAGUUGCAAAGUGCGGCAACUAAUACUUCGCCCAAGUGACGACUGACGUUGAUGUGCCACAUGUUCUGUUAAUCUUUGCUAAUAAUUGAAACUAAAAUGCCGGUUGCGUAUAUAUAACACGAAGCGUAUGUUACAAAAUUUGAAAGAGUUUGAAUUUUUUUUUUUUACAACUUUAGAAAACUUACAUCUAGAUACAUAUUAAAAAUUAAUCUGUUAUACAGCAGAUAGUUAUUUACAAGUUUUCACAAAUAAUAACUAUUUAUUGUUUAUAAUCGUUUACCUACAUUAAACAUACCUAAUAUUAUAUAACCUACUUUUGCUUUAUAUAAAUUAAAAGUUUUUAUUUACUUGACGUCUAAAUUGAAAUGGUGUCGUCUUGAAUAAGUCAAGGUCGUAUUCACUAUUAACUUCAUUAUAAAGUUUAAAUGCUCUUAUAAGAAAACUGUUCUGUCUAUAAUUACAUUUUGCUGAUUGUAUUUCAAGUAGGUAGCUGACAGUGGUUCGUAAGCCAAUCUGCUCUAGCAGUUCUGCACAGUAAACUCUACCGUUUGCUAUAUUUAGUAUAUAAGUAAUGUCUGCAACACGUCGCCUUUCUUGGAGAGAGGCAAAAAAUGAAAUUUUUUGCAUCGUGACGUAAUUAUGGUAAUAGUUUUUUGUACGGAAUUGUAAGUAACGUAUGAAUCUUUUCUGUAUUGAUUCAAUGCGGUUAAUGUACACAUAAACUAGAUUCCAUACUUGAGAUGCGUAUUCUAGAUGGCUACGAACGUAAGCACAGUAUAAUAUUUUCAUCAGUUUAAUUGAUGUUAGUUCAGAACACAUCCUUAUGAUAAACCCUAAUGUUUUAUUAGCCUUAAUAAUUAUAUUGUUUAUGUGUAGAUCAAAUAGAAGCUUUGCAUCAAAGAUAACUCCGAGAUCUUUAAUGGAUGAUACUCUUGUUAUUGAUGUUCCAGAUAUUGAGUAAUUUUCAUGUAUGACAUUCUGUUUUCUAGUAUAUGUGCAACUAAAGCAUUUUAAAAUAUUGAGAUCUAAUUUGUGUUCUGCAGAAUAACUAACAAAUUUAUCUAGAUCAGUUUGUAAAAGUUCAGCGUCUCUAACACAAUUAACCGGGCAAAGUAUUUUCAUAUCGUCGGCGUAUAGUAUUAUUUUGGAAUGUUUAAAAUUAGAGGAUAUGUCAUUUACGAAAAUAUUAAAUAAGAGGGGGCCAAGAAUGGAUCCUUGUGGGACUCCUGAAGGAAUACACAUAGUAGCAGAUUUAAAACCAUUUAGAACAACAACUUGACAUCUAUUGGCGAUAUAAGCUGAAAACCAUCGAUAUAAGUUGCCUCGAAUCCUUAUUUGUAGUAAUUUGUCAAUAAGAAUAGAAUGGUCAAUUCUAUCAAAUGCUUUCUUAAAGUCAGUGUAUAUGACAUCUACUUGGGAAGGCUCCGACAUAUACUUUGACAGUGUUUCAGUGCAAAGAAGCAAAUUUGAUGUGGUUGAUCUUCCAUGAAGAAAGCCAUGUUGAUUUUCACUAAAUAUGUGUUUUAGGGCAAAUUGAACUUGCUUGUGGAACGUCUAUAAAGAAGUGUCAAGGGAGUACAGAGAUUAUCGGCGCACCUGAUGAUCAGUAAGGGUGGAAUGUUAUCGGGACCAGCAGACUUGUAUGGAUCCAAGCAUUUGAAUAGUUUAAGAACUUCUUUUUCACUUAUUUCUAUAUGGGAAAUAUCACUGAGCGAGUUAUUGACGACUAUUGUUUCUUUAUUAUUGACGGAACCUGUGAUGUUGAGAAAGUUUGAAUGAAAAAAAUCUCCGAACAUAUUACAAAUCUCCUCACCAUUACUUGAGUAUCGGCCCAAGUAUGUAAAUACAGCGGGGUAGUUGUUUGAACCCCUCUUCGACUUCACGUACGACCAAAAUGACCUAGGAUUUUUGCUUAUAUUCGUCUCAAUUUUUUUAAUAUAUUCAUCAAACAUUUCACGCUCCAUUCUAACAGCACGAUCUCUUAAAGUGACGUAUGAAUUAAAAUCGGAAAGAUUGCCAUAAUUUUUGAAUGUUUUGCGAAAUUUGUAUUUUUCCUUUAACAUUUUGAUUAGAGGCAAUUUAUACCACUGGGGAUACUUGCGGUUAUUGUAAAUUUGUUUAGAUGGUAUAUACUCGUCUCUUAAUUUGUAUAAUGUAUCAUAAACAAAACUUACAGCUUCCUCAAAAGUUUUAUUAUUAAUAUGGUAUAUCCAAUCAACCUCAUCAAGUUUCUGUUUAAUAUUAUCGUAAUCUCCUAGGUUAUACUGGUACUUUAAAUGUGGAACACUUUCUAAUGAAUGUAGUUCAACAAAUUCAGCAUAAAUUGUUAAUGCUUUAUGUUGGGCAUCCUCAGGCACUAGAGGGCUGGUUGACUGAGAGACGGAAACCUCAUUAUACGAUAGUACAAGAUCUAAUAUUUUAUUAUUUAUGUUCAAAAUUGAGUUAUACUGUAAAAGAUUGCAAAUCGAAAAGUUGUCAAUUAAUUCAAAUUGAGACGUACCUUGUAUAUUACAUGCUUGAUAUGAACAACCGUCCUCAGAUAUUUUCCAUUCUAAUUUAGGUAAAUUAAAGUCCCCUAAUACAAUAAAUAUGUCGGAAGGAUGAUUCAUUCGAUGCUUACGAUGCUGUAGACAUAUAGUUACCCAUAGAUCUUCAGCAGAAGAAUUUCAGUCAUCCUUUAUUUCAGUAGCAAGCUCCCGACGCACUGCAAUUAGAACUCCGCCUCCUAGUGUUUGUUCCGUCGCUCGGUAGUCGCGAUCUCGCCUCCAAACAAAGUAGUUAUCAUUAAAUAAUUCGUUACGUUACGUUUUGAUAAAAUAUUUUUAACCCUGCCAUUUUAAAAAUAUUAAUUUAAUAAACUUUAUAAAUAAUUUGUUAAUAGUUUUAAAAUUUAAAAUAAGCGAAGCAUGUUGUUUGUAAUAGUGUUGUGUGCGUAAUAAUGCUAGUAAUAGUAAUAGACCAUUUAAUAAUGAUAGAUAAAACUUUAAAAGCAUAAGUAUAAUUGAGUGUCAAGAUGCCACCCAUACAAGCAUCUAAUAGUUGCCGUGAUACAAAUCUAUUGUUCUUAGGUAGUGUGGUAUGUAGUUGGAGCGCAGUGGAGACCAAUCCUUAAUCUCAGUUAAAAAAGUACUUUUGAUUCCUCUGAUGGGAACAAGUUUUCAUCUUUACUGCCGCCAAUGAAAUCGACAAUAAUUAACAUGUAUAUAUUUUUAUAUAUUUAAUUUUAAAAAAUUCAACGUUAUUUAAAGUAGUUAUCCGCCAAAAAUGUGAUAGUUAAUAAAAUGUUAAAAAUAUAAAUCACUUUAAACGAUAAACUUAGUACACUACCGUAAUAGACGAACCCUGUGUGAAAGUGAACUAUCAUAAAAACCUAGGUGUGAGAAAGAGACGGAAUAGAUGAAGACCACGAAACCGUUUUAAAACAAUUUAGUGUCCAUUAGUCUCCUGUCAAAUUAGACUGCGUUUUUAUUUUAUCGUUUUUAUCGUUAUUGUUCUGUGUUUUAACGGAUAUUAAUUAAAGAAUAUAUUGGUUUCUUGUUCUGUAUUAGAUUGUGUUGUUACAUAAUAUGGCAACAAUCCAACUAAAGAGACAUUUCACAGGUAAAUAGUGAUUCUUCAGUACUAAUUUUGUGAUAUUUAUUUCCGUAGAACAUAUGCACUAAAAUACUUAAUAUUACAUUUUAUAUACGCAGUAAAUAGUCUAUUUUCUUAUAUAGGCCAGUGUCGAUAAUUUUCGAAACCAAAUAGAAGAGAAUAUAAUAUAAAAUGAAAGGAAAUAUAAAUUACGGGCGAUCUGAGGUCGGGAAGUGGAAAAGUGGGGGUGUUUAAGGGUAAAAAACGGUUAUUCUCGAUUUCCGGCAAAACUGCAAGUCCUAUGGAAAAAAGUCAAAUGGCAAAGUUGUAGUUAAUAAAAAGAUCUACAACUUUUUUUUUCACAUAACCUCAAAAUUUAUGUGAAUUCAAAAAACCAAUUUUUUGGUUUUUUAUUUUUAUCUUUUACAAAAAAAUAUUUUUUUUCCACGAAAUCUGGUGAAAAGUUACACUUGCCUUACAUAUUUUUGCUUACUAUAUGUAGCUCAUAUCAAAAAAUAUUUUUUCUGUUUAUUACUUAAAGUAAACAUUAAAAAAUAUAAAAUGUAGAUAAUCAUCAAAUCAUCGCCUGUCCAAAUAUUUUUAUCAUUACAACAAUGCUUCGUUUUGUAGUACCUAGCUAUUUUUCAUAAGACAAUUUUUAUAUGUGGUUUAAAUUUAUGCCUUUUAAAGAGUUGCAGUUUCAAGACCAUGCAAGAUUAAAUUAAUAACUACAAUUAUUUAUUCAAAUAGAAAUGUUUCAAACCUCUGAAAAUUUGUUUACAUUCUUUGUAUCGUUUCGAUGGCCUUAUUUUAGGUAUCAAACUAUGACUCAGACAUAAGUUGUCCAUUCUGCAGAUAGAAUAUUAAGUUUUGUUGAAAGUCGUUCUGUUAAUUAAGGAUAGUAUUAUAAAAGUAUUAAUUACUUUAUUGUUGAUUGUAAAUAAAUGUAUUCUUUGAA